GGUUUUAUUGCUUAAUGCUGCCAUCUAGCGGCAAUUUGGGAUAAUCAAAACAACUAAUCCCAUCCGGGUCAGAGGAUAAAGAUGGCGGCCACCCAGGAGACAGCAGCCAGUAUGAGAAACAUGCUCAAAUUUUUGAAAAUCAUUGGACAGCUCAAAAGGGUUCCACGGACUGGCUGGGUGUACAAUAAGGUUAAGGAACCUGAGAGCGUCUCUGACCACAUGUACCGCAUGGCCGUCAUGUCCCUGACCAUCACCGACCCAACCGUGGACAAAGACAGAUGCAUCAAACUGGCUCUUGUUCAUGACAUGGCAGAGUCCAUUGUGGGAGAUAUCGCUCCGUCAGACAAUGUCAGUAAAGAAGAGAAGCACAGAAGAGAGAAGGAAGCCAUGAGACAUCUGACUAGUCUUCUUCCAGAAGGACUCAAAAAGGAAAUUUAUUCUUUAUGGGAGGAAUACGAGUUCCAGAGCAGCUCAGAGGCUCGUCUGGUGAAGCAGUUCGACCUCCUGGAGAUGAUCCUGCAGGCUCACGAGUACGAAGAGCUCGAGGGAACGCCCGGAAGACUGCAGGAGUUCUUCGACUCCACCGCCGGUCGGUUUCAGCACCAGGACGUCCUUCAGCUGAUCAGCUCUUUGGAUGAAGAAAGGGGUCAUCACAUGGCAGAGGAGGAGAGUAAGAACGAGGCACAGAGGGGCGGCUCAGAGAAGCUCAACACGCCUCCACGCGACUCCUGACUGUUUAUCACAAACAUGUUGGGACCAAAAACAUCCUGAAAAUACAACUGUUGACGAUUUCCAACACAUUUUUUAUUAAUAAAUGAUUAUACACCAUCAGACUGGAGAUUACAGGGCUGUCCAUAUAAAAAAAAAAAUGUUGUUGCCGUGCUGCGAUGUAUAGAUGCUAAUGUGUUCUUUUGUGUUGUCUUAAAACCUUUUCUUGGAAGUCUGGAGUCAGUGUUAGAAUCUGCACACGUUAUUGGAUAUUCAUGUUAUCAAACCAGAAACCUUGUUAUAGUCAAAUAAAUAUUAGAAUGUUAAA